AUGGCAACACCAGCACUGGUUUCAAUUGUACAGCCAGAGCAGCAACAAGGUGACCCAGAAGCUGUUCCAAGCACUACUAGUUCUAGUGCAUGGAAGUCUUCAGGAUCUGUUGGUCCAUUUUUUGCUGUGAUGUCUGUGCUUGUAAUUGUGGCUGUUCUUUCUUGCUAUUUGGGUCGGAAGUGGAAUCGAAGGCCGAAAACCCCGUUGGAGAGUAUCAGAGGGAGAGGGUUUUUUGGGUGGCUCAAGCGCGUGUGUCGGGAACGUAUUGGCAAUGAUGUUGAAGUUGGGGGUGUUGGGGCGAAGGUCAUGGUUUGUGAUGACCAUGACGAAAUUGAUCAUUGUAAGGUCGCAGAUGGUGAAGUUGCUCAGCAAAACAUAACCCAAGUUUGA